AUGGCCGACAAGCGCAAAUUCGACGAAGACCACUCUACCUCCAAAAGGAGGGUCAUUGGGCCUGCACUACCAACUGCCAGUGAAAGUGACAGUGACAGGGAUAGCGACGAUGACUUCGGUCCAAGUUUACCUCCUCCUUCUGGCGCAACACCUAUGCCAGCACCUGAGGCUCCCAAGGUAGUUGAGUCAAAAGAAAGCCAACGCGAUCAGUGGAUGCUACAGCCCCCUGCCCAAUCUGACUGGGCUACCAAGAUUGAUCCAACGCAGCUACGGAAUCGCAAGUUCAAUUCGGGCAAGUCAGCCACGGCGCCAAAGAAGAUGGAUGCUUCGUGGGUGGAGACCCCGGAGGAGCGAAUGAAGCGGUUACAAGAUGCAGUCAUGGGCGUCGGUACCUCGGAACAGACUGGAAAGCAGACCCCUGCCACAAAUACAAAAAUGAUGGAAGACAAAAUCAAGAAGUACAGGGACGUGACAGGCAAAAACAGUCGCUUAGAAACAUCUGAGAGUCAAAAGGACGAAGAUGAUGAUCCAAGUGCUCGCGCUUUUGACCGAGAAAAGGAUAUGGCAAUAUCUUCCAAGAUAUCGAGUGCGCAGCGCCGGGAAAUGGUGCAGAAGGCUGGAGAUUACACCUCACGUUUCUCUAAGGGGAAUUUCCUAUGA